UGGGGCAGGUGCGCCCAGGGAUGGGAGCAGAUCUUUGGCACUCCACUUUGCGGUGGGAGGAGAAUGAUAGGAAGUGGGAGAUUGGUCCUAGAGGCUGGCACAGGUAUUGCCAGGUGAAGCAAAUGGACCCAGGUUCAGAGACCAGAGGCAUUCUGGGUGAGGGAGGCCUACAGGGGCAAAUUCCAGCAAAAGUAGACCCCAGGUUUUCUCUGGGCUCUUCCCCAGCCCAUGUGACAGCUCUCUGGAUGUCACUGGUAAACGGGACAUGGCGGCGAGCGCCUCCUUGGCGUCCAGCUUUUGUAAUGCAGGCAGACGUGGCACCCUCUUCAGCCCCCUGGGACUAGAUACAUCCCCAUCAGAAGGCGCCAACCUCAACGCUCCCAACAGCCUGGGUGUCAGUGCCCUGUGUGCCAUCUGUGGGGACCGGGCAACGGGCAAGCACUACGGUGCAUCGAGCUGUGACGGCUGCAAGGGCUUCUUCCGGAGGAGCGUGAGGAAGAACCACAUGUACUCCUGCAGAUUUAGCCGGCAGUGCGUGGUGGACAAAGACAAGAGGAACCAGUGUCGCUACUGCAGGCUUAAGAAGUGCUUCCGGGCUGGCAUGAAGAAGGAAGCUGUGCAAAAUGAGCGGGACCGAAUCAGCACCCGGAGGUCAAGCUAUGAAGACAGCAGCCUGCCCUCCAUCAAUGCGCUCCUGCAGGCCGAGGUCCUGUCCCAGCAGAUCACCUCGCCUGUCUCUGGGAUCAAUGGCGACAUCCGGGCAAAGAAGAUCGCCAACAUCGCAGAGGUGUGCGAGUCCAUGAAGGAGCAGCUGCUGGUGCUGGUGGAGUGGGCCAAAUACAUCCCCGCGUUCUGCGAGCUCCCCCUGGAUGACCAGGUGGCCCUGCUCAGAGCCCACGCUGGCGAACACCUGCUGCUGGGAGCCACCAAGAGAUCCAUGGUGUUCAAGGACGUGCUGCUCUUAGGCAAUGACUACAUCGUCCCUCGGCAUUGCCCAGAGCUGGCAGAGAUGAGCCGGGUGUCCAUUCGCAUCCUUGAUGAGCUGGUCCUGCCUUUCCAGGAGCUGCAGAUCGAUGACAAUGAGUAUGCCUGCCUCAAAGCCAUCAUCUUUUUUGACCCAGACGCCAAGGGCCUGAGCGACCCGGGGAAGAUCAAGCGGCUGCGCUCACAGGUUCAGGUGAGCCUGGAGGACUACAUAAAUGACCGCCAGUACGACUCCCGGGGCCGCUUCGGUGAGCUGCUGCUGCUGCUGCCUACGCUGCAGAGCAUCACCUGGCAGAUGAUCGAGCAGAUCCAGUUCAUCAAGCUCUUCGGCAUGGCCAAGAUCGACAACCUGCUGCAGGAGAUGCUGCUGGGAGGAUCCUCCAGUGAUGCACCCCAUGCCCACCACCCCCUGCAUCCUCAUCUGAUGCAGGAACAUAUGGGCACCAACGUCAUUGUGGCCAACACAAUGCCCACUCACCUCAGCAACGGACAGAUGUGUGAGUGGCCCCGACCCAGGGGGCAGGCAGCCACGCCGGAGACUCCACAGCCCUCCCCACCAGGUGGCUCAGGGUCUGAGCCCUACAAGCUCCAGCCAGGAGUCGUCACCACCAUCAUCAAGCCUCCCUCUGCCAUCCCCCAGCCAACCAUCACCAAACAAGAAGUCAUCUAGCAAGUUGCUGGGGGUCAGGGGUUCGUCCCAGCCCUCCCAGAAAGCACCUGGGGAUCAUAACCUGGUCACCACAAAGGAACGUGUGGCAGCAAGGCCAGCCCCAGAGCAGCAAUGGAAAGGGUGCCAGGCCCAAGAACCUGGGCUGAGGGCCACAUCCUCUGCCCCCCGACCCCUGGCCUUGUGUCCUGGAUGACACUUGGGGGACGCCCCAACUGGGAAGUCCUCACUGCCUUGGACCACAUCUGUCAUUUGGAAGUCACUGCCUUCACCUCCAUAUUUACCCCCCCUUCUCCCAUCUUCUUCACUCUGAAAGGAUGAUUGCCUGAAGAUAUGGGACCUUGUCUAAACACAGCUCCCAGCUUUCCCAGUUGGUGCUAGCCAUGGGGUCCAAGCACAAGAAGAGCCCCUGAGACUGGGUCAACCAGUGGCUCCCCAGAUGUCCCCUCUCAAAUGUCCCCUCCCUCCACUGUCACUUUCCUCAGCCACCCUGACUCCUCCAAAGCCACCUGCCUGAAAGACAAGGAAGACAGCCACCAUUCUCAUGGUCAUUCUAGAUGACUUUGAUAAACUCUGACUGAAGCAGAGGGUGCGGGGUCCCCAUUCCUCUCUUCUGAGCCCACUGCAUUUCCCUUCCUCAGGCCCGGGGGGUGCAUCCUCAGCGUAGUGGUCCCCAAGAGAGCAACUCAAGGCUGAUGACUGCCAUAGAAAUCUGGAGAGAGGACAGGAACCGCCAGGGAGAACAUCUAGAGAGAAGCAGGUUGUGACUUUGAGGCAGGGUUGGGAGCAUGGCUGGCAGAGUAGGUGAGACAGGACACUGGGAAGGAGAGAGCCUGGACCAAGGUGGCAAGAAUAGCGGGGAAGAGCUGGGGAGGGAACUGAAGAAUGCUGGGUGGGCAGAAGAUGAAAUCAGCAUCCUACAGAGAUGGGGAGGUUGGGAGACAUCAAAGAGGUCAGCUGAAGGUCAGGGGCUGUGGUGAUGCUGCAGAGAGUACCAGAGCCUGGGGAGGGAUGAGUUAGAGGCUCCCCAGGUAGAGUAAUGGCAAGGAGGAAGCACACCCCCCCCCCACAAGCCCUGUCUCAAACUCUCCCUCACUCCCAGGUGCUGUCCAAAGGCAUCAUCUCCUGGACUCCUCCCUAUUACCUAGAGAUUGUUACAGAAGAUGAAAUUGAGUUCUAAGAGUUUAGUGAUCUUUUAUCUGAAACACACACAGCUCGUCAGUGCCAUGUCCAGUCGGGACUCAGUUCUCCCUGGAUCAGAGUAGGUCUCCCUCCUCUGAAAGGACUCUCCGGUUCCCACUGUGAUGACAUCAAAACACUUCUGGAUCCUUCACCGGCCACAAACCUAAAAGGUUUCUUCUUUCUAGAGGUCUUGCCCACUGCCAGGACUGAAGUUCCCUGAAGCUCCAGAAUCCUGCUUGCUGAUAAAUAUGAAGGAGGAUUGAUGAGUCCUGACCCCCUUUUCUCUCUUCACUCUCCAGGUCUGGGGGAAGGGCAGCGGGGACUUGGUUCCUGAGAGGCAGACAAAUGGGGCUUGGCAGUCCAGCGAUGGGACAGUUUGGGUGAGGGGCAGAGGGGCUAUUUAAAAGCCUGGGAUUAUCAUUCACAGACCAUUCUUGAAAUACUAGAGCAGCCAGUGCCUCAUCCCUGCAGAAUCUCUAUGUCUUUGGGAAAAUUCUAGAAAGUGCCACUUGGCAGUGGGAAUAAAGGGCUAUGUCCUGGGGCUGGAGGUGUGAUUAGGACACUGGACAGUCAGGCUGACAACUUCCUUUCACCCAAGGUUGAUCCUUCAGAGUGGAUGGGGAAAGCGCCCAGAAAAUUCCAUCUACUAACUGUAGUUCCUCUUUUCAAAAGACACAGAGAAAGAAGUAGAGGGCAAUUGUUUUAGUGACAUCUACACUUGCACACACACACACACACGCACGCGUGUGUGUGAUGUGAAUAGGGAAGGAUGGGCCUUCCCUACUCCAGAAAGCCAGGUUCUGCUUCCAUGUUCAGAGGCAGCCCCUCAAGCCCUCCUCAACCACCCUCACUCCGGUGCCCCCCAGAAAUUCCAUCCCCUCGGCUCAGCCUAGACUAUGUGCAUGAGGCAGGAAAGCUGGCUCAUUCUGGUCUUUGUGGUCAUCCUCACUCUUUGCCCCUGGACCCCAGUGUUGCAGAGCCUUCCACCCUGGGAACAAAGUGGAGAUCAUUUCCCAUGGAAUGAGCUGGAGCCACGGUGUCCUUUAACGAGAACAGUUUUCUGGAGUUAGAGGGUCCGUACUCUGUCCCUGCCCAUCCUUUUCUGAAGGAGACAUCCAUUCCACUUGAAGAACCUUAUUGCAAUGCAGGAAACACACAAUAAACAAACAUUUACGUUUCUGAUUCUAAGCUGAGGAUAUGACAUUGGAUUUUUUUCCCCCUACCUGAGUGUGGUCCUAAGAUGUCCAUUCCAAAGGACCGAAGAAGGACUGGUAGAGAGCAGGUGUGUGCACCAGUGCCUCCACCAAGACUCCUCCUUUCUUCGAGAAGUUUUCUGAAGCUUCCAGAAUCCAUAAGACUCUCCUGAAAGGAGACAUGGGACUGGGGGUGGGGUGGGAAGAAGGAGAGAAUUGGAAAUUAAUGUGUGUCUGUUUCUUGUGGUGACUUAAGCCAAUGGCCUUUGCCAGAUUUUUCUGUGGUCUGCCCCAGUUAAAAUGAAUUGUGAAAUGUUCAUCAAGCCAUUCCGGAAGCGGGCCGGGUCUCGUCACCCUGCUCUGCACCUUUCUGUGGUGGUGUGGAUGUCAUUAGGUCUUGUGUGGACCCUCUGAGGACCCCAUCACUGUCCCCCAAUGAGGCACAGAAGCAAAACAGAGAAACCCCAAACCAUUUCUUACUCUUGUGUGUUUUGGCAAACAUUUAUAAAACAAAAUAAAUGGCGCCUAUGUUUUCUAA